GGUCCCUGUCACCUCAUCUCCGUUCAAACACUCCCAAGAAAACCCCAACACAACACCUUUUCGCCCUGCUUCGAAUAUCGAUGUCGAGACUUACGACGUCUGCUUUUCCUUGGACGUUGCCGCAAUUUGUCCUUCUUCUAAGACACUUCGGGCCGGAUGUGGGGUGUACUGCAAGCAUUCUCUUGUGUAAGGUUGCGGCCUCUCGAUGCUGUUGGAGCACGGAUAUAACAUCAUGUCAAUGGCUCAACGGUUACAGAAAGAAGCCCUCGAAAAGGAGCGUCAAGGUCAAUCCUUUCAGUCCAGGUACUGCGACGUUAAUAUACAUGCCCUGGCACCUUCCGCCUUGAGUUCGGGCCAUGGCAAACCAGGAUCUCCACCUAUCCUCCGCUUCAACCAACCCACCGUCUUUUUCAUUAACACUUGCUAGGUUCACCACAGUUGCCUUUUAU